AUGGGAACCACUUGGUCGCAGUUCUUUCCACCCGCACCCUCUUUAACCGAAGCUAACCUGCCUAGCCAAAGAGGCAAGGUUUUCAUCGUGACCGGGGGGUAUUCCGGCGUGGGCUUGGAACUCUGCACAAUUCUUUAUAAGGCCGGAGGCAAGGUGUACGUCGCCGGCCGCUCAGAAGAGAAAGCCUUGGAUGCGAUUGCACAGAUCAGGGCCUCAGAGCCCUCCUCAGAUGGAGACCUUGUUUUCCUUGCUCUCCACCUCGACGACCUGGCAAGUAUCAAACCUGCAGUAGAGGCCUACACUGCAACGGAAUCCAGACUUGACGUUCUUUUCAACAACGCCGGCGUGUCAAACCCACCAUGUGGCUCCGUCUCGGCACAGGGCCAUGAACUCCAGUUCGCGACCAACUGUCUUGGGCCGUAUCUUCUCACACAACUACUUCUACCCACUCUUCGGCGUACCGCUGAAAGCGAAAAAGCCGCUUCUGUGCGUGUAAUCUGGACAGCGUCGAUAGUUGUCGAUCUGUCUGCUCCUAAAGACGGCGUUAAUCUCGAGGAGAUACUGCGAGAAAACACAAAGCCCCAGCGCAAUUAUGAAAACAGCAAAGUUGGCAACUGGUUCCUCGCCCACGCACUGGACGCCCAAGAAAGGCCCAGUGGAAUCUUGAGUGUGGUAGUGAAUCCGGGAAACCUGAAGUCGGGCUUGACUCGUCACUUCUCUCCGCUGGUGCCAUUCUUAGCAGCACCACUGCUGUACCAUGCUAGGAUGGGUGCUUACACCGAGCUCCGGGCCGGACUCUCCAAUGAGCUUACGUUAUCUGAUGGGGGAAGAUAUAUUUUGCCCUGGGGGCGAUUUCACCCAAAUCCAAGGGAAGAUUUGUUGCAGGCCAUGAAAAGAAAAGAGGAUGGUGGAACGGGUGAUGCAGCUCUUUUCGUAAAGUAUUGUGAGGAUCAAAUUUUGGAAUUCAAGUAG